GCAGUGUGCAGACGAUCUGUUUGCCGAGUGGCUGUGACGCGGUGGGGUUGAUUGCGGGUCUGCUGGUGGAUUGUGCAGUUACUGGAACAGAGUGGUGUUACUUCUGGACUGAACCAAGUGGUGUUUAUUUCCCUCCUCUUUCCCUCAGAGAUCUCUCUGUCAGCAUGGCCGUGGAAAAGCGCUUGGCGUAUUCCAUCGUGCAGUUCCUCAGAGACCAGACCCAUUCAGGGUCACUGAACUCUGACGAGCAGGAAAGCCUUGAAGUCGCAAUACAGUGUUUAGAGACAACGUUUAAGAUCAGCUCCAGUGACCUUCAGCUCGCAGCUCCACAACCUCUCACUGAGAUCUUCCUCAACGCACUGCUCAAGAAUGACAUUGUUGUGUCUCCGUCUGCUGAAGAGAUGGAGAGAGCCGAGCAGCUGAAGAACGAAGGAAACAAUCACAUGAAGGAGGAGAACUACAGCAGUGCGCUGGACUGUUACACCAAAGCCAUCCAUCUGGACCAAAGAAACGCAGUGUACUUCUGUAACAGGGCUGCAGCACACAGUAAACUGGGGAAUUACAGUGAAGCCAUAGGAGACUGUGAGCGCGCCAUCGCUAUCGACCCCAGCUACAGUAAAGCGUACGGACGCAUGGGGUUGGCGCUGGCUGCCAUGAGCAAGUUCCCCGAGGCCAUCACUUACUUCAAAAAGGCGUUGGUUCUGGACCCGGAGAAUGACACGUACAAAUCCAACCUGAAGACCGCUGAGCAGAAGAAGAGAGAAUCCUCCAGCUCUACGGUGUCUAGACUGGGCUUCGACAUGGCGAGUCUCAUCAACAACCCAGCGUUCAUCAGCAUGGCUGCCAGCGUGAUGCAGAACCAGCAGGUUCAGCAGCUGAUGUCGGGGAUGAUGUCCAGCGCAGUGGGAGGUCCAGCAGCAGGAGUCGGGGGAAUGUCUGAUAUCUCUAGCCUGAUUGAAGCUGGUCAGCAGUUUGCUCAGCAGAUUCAGCAGCAGAACCCAGAGUUGAUAGAACAGUUGAGGAACCACAUCCGCAGUCAGUCGUUCAGCGGCAGUCCUGAGGAACACUCCUGAUCAGAGCACUGGUGUGUGUGUGAGAGCGGAGAGAGAGAGAGAGAGAGAGAGAGAGAGUGAGAGAGAGAGAGAGUGUGAGAGAGAGAGUGAGAGAGAGAGAGAGAGAGAGAGAGUGAGAGAGGGACAGAGAGAGUGAGAGAGAGAGUGAGAGAGAGAGAGAGAGAGAGGGACAGCGCGAGAGAGAGAGAGAGAGAGAGAGAGAGAGAGAGAGGAGGCGUGGCACUUUAUCUGGAACUGAGAACACGGGUGUAAAUACUUUCACACCACACUAAUCAUCAUCAGUGUGAGCUCCUAAUGUUCUAGGGUUCUAAAGGUUCUCAGUAGACACUGUAUUUAUCCCAUCAUCAUCGUCUUCAUCACACACGUUGUUUCAACAUCUCGAUCUGUUCCGACUCUGACUGUCUGUUCUAAAGUAAGAUUUCCACCAAUCACAGACAGUCUGAUAAUAUCUAUGGCGUGAUGAUGAAAAUGAAACCUGCACAGCGACGAGCAGAUGAUUGGACGUUGAUCCGUCAUGUGACCUUAAAGGUGCAGUGUGUAAAGUGUUUGUACAUAUCAGAUUAUAAUCAGAUCAUUUUAAAGAGCACUUGUCUAAAACAGUGUGCAUUAUGGGUAAUCUGUAGGCUCUUGAGUAAACCUGCCUGCAGCAGUGCAUUGUGGGAUAUGAACUGUUUACCUUUGGCUACAAAACGAAAGAGGCAGUGUGUUUUUUAUGCUCAUUAUAAUGUCUGUGAUAUUGACAUAAAUACCUUCACAUUUUUUCUGUCCCUGAAAUUAGCCCCGCCCACAGACACUUAGCUUUAUCUUUUUUCUUCCAUGAAGGGAAAACUCGAAAAGCACGUGUGUGUGUGUGUGUGUGUGUGUGUGUGUGUCAGUCCUUCACUCUUCUCCUCGAGUGGGUUUCUGAUCCACUUCCUGCUGGCUGAUGAUCUACAGGUUCUGUGUUUAUUCUCCUGGAAAUCUGAGGAGUUUAAACAUUUACACAGUGAUUCUCAAAACCUGCUCCUGGUCUCCUGAACUCUGAGCUCCUACUCCAGUACACACACACACAUCACACACAUCACACACACACACACACACACACACUAUGCUCAGGAAGGUCAUGAUAAUAAGGUGUAGUCAGUCAGAUCAGGGUGUUAGAGCAGGAGAAAUGAUUAAAGACUAAAAUCAAGAGGCUGGCAGUGAACUAGCGUGUGAUUAGAUUCUGUCUGGAUUUUAAUGAACACACAGGAUUAAAAACAUCAGAACUGUGUGAUUAGUGAUCCUUGAUAAAAUCUAAUCGGCUUAUCCUGCUGGGUUUGAUUCAUCUUACAGUGAAUGAAACUGGCUCGUGUCCUCAGUGUUCAGUUCCAGAAGGAACGGUGAUGAUGUCACGGUGAUGAUGUCAUGGUGAUGUCACAGUGUAGAUUCAUUCACCUUUUUUUUAGCACUUUAUGUUGAUGUCAGUUCGGAGUAGUAGUUUAGGUCAAUUAGAGGACUCUGUACAUGAUGCUAGAUUUCUUCUGCAUGCUCUAGAGUGUCUGAUCUCCUGGUCACCUGAACCCCACCAUCUCGAUUCACGUGGAGAAAAUAAAUCACAGCUGAAUAAAUGUCACAUCAAAUCUCUGUGCAAUUUAUUGUGUUUCUUCAGCAAACGACUAAAAGAGUGAUUAAACAUGAACAAUUAGUCCUGUGGUGUUUACAGACACUGUAGAGGUUUUAUAUAAUUACACGUUUACACAGAAAUGUCCUGUUUCAUCAUCAGGAACACACAGAACACUUCAGAACAAAUCAUCUAAUUUUACAAUCAUUUACUGUAUUAAAGGAUCACUGUGCUAAAGAUAUUAAAGUUGCAGUGUGGAACGUGUAAAAUUUCUAGAUCUGGAACGAGAGUAGACUCUCAAGAUACUUUACAAAACCUCUGAUGUCAAGACUUUAUAUUUUCCCCAGCACUGAAAUGAGUUAAGCCCCACCCACUCACUCUGGUGACUUACAUUGUUUUAACCCAGGGGGCGGAGCAAGCCGGAACAGUUCUCAUUAGCGUUUGGAAACAAACACAGUUCACCAGCCAAGCAGCAGAGGGCCGUAAACAUUACAGACUGCUGCUUUAAAGGCUAAUAGAUUAUUCUGAGGAAAAUAAUAACGUGUGUUUAGUAAUUUAAAUCAAAAAACCUCAAUAGCCUCAUCUUGCUCUAGUCUCUCUCUCUCUCUUUGCCCCCCCUCCCUCCCUCCCUCCUUCCUUACUCAAAAAGGUGGAGGUGAUAAAGAGUCUCCAGGUUUGAUGAGGUGUAUUUAGAGGUCAGUUCUCCGGUCUGCAGUUCGCUUGUUUAUUAACAUGUACACACUUAAAAUCUGAAGAAGGCUUUAAAAGCACACAUUUUAAAAGAAGAAGGUCAGCUGAUAGUGUAAAAAGUGGUGAUGCAGUUGGUCCGUGGAGGUGCAGGUUACUGCUACAGGAAGUGGGAGUGGCCUCAGGUCUCUGGGCUCAGGUAAGGACACACCACACACACCUGAGCGAUGUCGUCGUACUCGUACGUCCGUUUCAGGAAAGUGUCUGUGAGCCUCAGACCUGAUAUACUCUGAAACAUAAACAUUACAGGACACACACACACACACACACACACACAAACAUGAAGCACUGAACAGAUCUUAAGCCUGAGAGGUCACAUGACCACUCUUAUUAAACACAAAAUACGCAUGUUAUAUGUGUUUAAUAUCUUACACACUGGGAGUAAUGCUGUGUUGUGUGGAAAUGCACAACUUCUACACAACAUCACACAUUUAUUCUUAAUUAACUAAUAAUUUAGCUAACAGGUUGGUGAAGUGUUAAUUAAUAAACUGUGUGUGUGUGUAGUGAAGGUUACUGUCAUCGCCCUGAAGUUUAUAAAUUCACCUCUGAUACACAGCACUGACACUGGAGACUCCUUACACACAUCACACACACACACACACACAUCACACACACACACACA